ACUGGUGCUUUGUCAUACCAUUCGGGUUCAGCGGUAAAUACGGACGUAAGAACAGUAUUCGAUUAACGCAGCUAGCAAGCAGAUGUAGCUCGCUAAGCUAAAGGGAAUGCUAGCUUUAGUUAGUACCCGUGUGCCCUGUUGCCACGCAUUGACAUUUCUAAACAAAUCCACACAUUUGGCUGGUUGCUAGCUGUAUUUCUGCCAAGGAGCUUUUGUGGUCAUGAGAGGAGCUGAACUGGGCUAGUGUGCGCAUUGUUGCUGGUGUUUCAUCAUUACUGUGCUGUAUCGAGAGGUGGGGUGGGGAUGACCAAUGCGUCGGUUCUGAAAAAAAUAAAAAGCUUCACUGAAACACGUACAGCUGGAUGGUGACAACAUGCGCUGCGACUAGUGUGACAAUGCAAAACUCUCCUCUUUUCCAGUACCUGCAUGAUUUAGGGCACACAGACUUCGAGGCAUGUCCGACAGCAUCACAGGAAGAGGAAUGUGGUGGAGACCAGGGAGAUGCAACAUCUCACUCAGAAGAGGCAAAGAAAAAUUCAGGAGGACGCUUAUGGAGACUGGUUGAAGCCUUGUGGCGAUGCAGCCCGAUUCACCCGGCUACUACAACUCGUAAGCUGGAGCAGGAACUGGACUGUGCAUUUGGCCAGUACUCUGUGAGAUGCAUAUUGGACCAGGAUGUGCUGCUGCAGGAGGAUGUAGAGCUCAUCGAGCUGUUAGAUCCAGGCCUGCUCACACUGGGCUCUUCACCCUCUGGCUCACCCACUCGAACUAACACCCUGCCCAGACCGAGCCUCAUCGCCAGCCCCUCCCUAUGGGACAUGGCAGGGCUUGUUGGUUUGGCUGCAGUACUGCUAGGUCUGUGCUCCAUCACUGAGGGCCUGUGGUCCCUGGCUGCGGCCCCUUGGAGUCUGGCCCUUCUUGGCUGGGUGGGGCUGAAGGGGUUCAUGCUGUGGAGACAGGGCUGCAUGCAGAGAGCCGUCCACACCAGGGCCACAGAGCUCCUGGCCCUGGUCCACAACAGCAAGACUCUGACGGGCCUGUCUCGCAAAGCCCUGCGCCUCGUGCAGGAGACUGAGGUCAUUUCGAGAGGGUUCACCCUUUUGCUCGACAGGGUGUGUGCGGCCAGCUCCUUUAGCAGGGCGGGGCCAGGGGCGGUGCCACGAGGCCAGCAGCUGAUUGGACUGAGGAAGGCCUUGUACCGGUCGCUGCGCUCAGCCUUCAGAGCCUCACGUAGAGCUACCUGUCACAUGCUGAAGGCGUUCCCUCUGAACUCUGAGAUUGAUAAUGUGACCAACUAUGUAUCUGCGGUGCCUCUGAAGGAGCUGGGGCUUGGACUAGGAAUCGAACACCUGGGUGAUGAACAGGCUCAGGAGCUGACAGAUGACUACAGCCUACCUGCCCUAAAGAUGCUGUUCCAGCUGUGGGUGGGACAGAGUUCUGAAUGUUUCCGUCGACUGGCCCUUCUUCUGUCCCCACAGCAAAUAGAGGAGCCAUCGGAGAGUGGACCCAAAGUUGAUGUCUCUUCUCCUACAGCGCCGCUGCACCGAUCCAUCUCUGCGGUGACAGAGCCCCUCCACCAUGCUCUUGCCAGCUGUCUCUGUGAAGUGCAGCGCAGCUACAACUUCCACCGCCACUUUGAGACCCAGCCUAGGAUGACAGGCUCAGACAGAACAGGGCGAGCCAGAGAAAAAUGCAGAGAGCUCAACACCUUACACACCUCCAUCCGAAGCCUGCAACUUCACCUCAAGGCACUGCUCAGCGAGAUGAUCAUUCUGGAGGAUGACCUGGAGAAACUAAUGGUGUCCAAGGAACCAGCUGAGUUGACAUUCGAGGGCUACCAGGACCUCAAUGACCGGCUGCAUCAGCUCCAGCCACACAUGCAGGCCAGCACUGGCUGCUGGGAAGACACCAUCAACCAGGUGGAGCGCAUGCUCCGACGGGCCAAUGCCUGUCCUGAUAAUGCUGAGGGUCUAGAGCAGUGUACCCCUCCCGUACCAGAGUUUCCUGCUUCUCCUCCAUCUUAUCCCUUGAUCCUGGACAGAGACCCAGUGCCAGAAGAACUGGAGUGGGAGGCAUAUGUGUGUGAUUCAGACUCUGAUGCUGAAGGAAAAGAAUCUUGGUGCGAUAUGUUGUCACCGGAGGAACGUGAACGUCAGCGGCGAGAGAGAGAGGAGUCACAUCGUGUUCUGUCAGAGCUCAAAGCUGUGCUAGGCUUCCGUGCUUCAGAGGGGGAGAGGAUGAAGAGGAAGCAGCUGCUGUUUAAUGACCAAGCUGCUGCAGCACCUUCAGUUCACAGUGAUGUACCUGAUCCUGCUACCAAACUAUUAGAUGCUCUGAUGUCUGUAGGCUCUGUAGAAGCUGAAAAUGAAGAAGGAAACCACCUAUCAGAAUGCAUUACAGGAAAUGAAGGGGAGGAAAGGGAAGGAAAAGAAGGCAGGGUGACACCUGACCCCUUCACAGAGCCACUGACAGAGUUUAGCUGUGGUUUGGAGCCAGACGAAGGGGAGUUAGGAGCAACUUCAGUCUGCAGAAGAGGAGGAGGAGGGGCAUCUGAGCUGCACCAAUACGAUGGAGUGCUGGAAGAGACAGAGGGACAGAACGGUCUGGACCUCUUCCUCAAAUCCAAAGUUCCAGCUGUCUCUGUGAUGGACAGGCUGACAGAAAUGCACGGUUCAGAGGCUCUCAGCUUCAGCUCUGCCCUCGCUGCCCAGGUGGUGGCACGUUCACACUCACUGUUCAACAUGGAAGAGCAGACAUUUGGCGAUGAUGAUGAGGACGAUGAAGAGGAAGAGAGUGUCAGACGAAGCCCUGAAAAGGACUAGAACUGAAACUUUGCUGCUUUCUUGAAACACUGAACAGAGACUGUAUUUAUGUCUGAUUGUCUGGGUAUCUUUUAUCGAUGGAUCUGUGUUAGAUCUUAACUGUUUUUUGGUGUGCAGAAUUUCAAAUUGUGCCACUCAUUUCAAAUCCGUCCAUUUGACAUUACCCACAGUUGUUACUGCUCUAUUGCUGUUAAAAAACUCAGGUAUCAGAACCACUAAAACAAAAUAGGUCAUGAAGACCAGAAUGUCUACAGUUUACUUGGUGACAUCCACAUAGUGUAUAUUGCUUCCAGUCAUUAGUAGCUGUGGAAACAGAGAUUGUAGGAAACAAGUAAUUGGCAUCAUACAUAAAUGUGUAAAACCUAAAACAAAAAUGGUUUAAUUGCAGUGGUGUCACAAACAAUACAAGCUCUGUUACUGUCAUGAGGUUUUGUGCAUGAUGUGUGGAAGGUACAAAGGUGCGGUGCUGAGGGCAAUAUUCUCAAAUAUAGAGGUAAUUCACUAAAGCAAAAGAAUGAAGACGUCCAAGCUGAACUCAGCUGACCUUAUUCCUUACAGGAAGACACACAGAAGAAGCCUGAGUGAGCACCUCUGGAGAGGAGCAGGAAUGCUAUUUUUAUUUUCAACGCUUUAUUUUUGUCCAGCACUUUCUGCCAUCCAUCUCUUGGCCGAUUGGACACAAUGGGGUGGCAGAAAUGAAGACACAUAGCCAGCCAUACACUCACAAUCUUAUUAAAAGUGAAAUAGAUGGAAAACUAUACAGUUGUUUCAUAAUACUAUCUAUGGAGACUUCAAUAAUCCCAUUUGUUCAGCAUCUGUUUACAGGGGUAGAAAGGUCAGGAAGCCUUGUUUUUGCCUUGAAGCUUUAUGGUGGGAUUGUUGAAUGGUGGGAUUGUUGAACUGAGUUGCUGUGGGGUUGAAAAAUAAAAUACCUAUGUGGAUAUAGUAAUAAAGGAGUAAUGUUUGUAAAAUAAACAAAAAGAAAAAAACAUUGUUGUGAGGGCAAUCUAUGACAUGUUUGUUUCAUAUGAAGUUGCCAUAUGUCUGACAGCCCUGAUGUACACCCACCACUUCACUUUUCCAGUCUUUCUUGUCACCGUGUCUGCCUUGUCCUGACCCCCCAUCACGACUGGUCCUGCACCUCCCUCAAGGGGAGGUCUUCUGCAUUUUCCAAUGUGAAAUAAAAUACCAUUCUUGAAGUUUC